GUGUGAGUGUGCAUGAGUGUGUACGUCGAAGAGGUACAAAGUUCUUCAGACUUUUUCAAAAGCGCGACCUUGUCAUUUCAGCGCCCACUGGAGUCCUCGGAUUUUUACCUGUGAUUAACUGGUGCAAGACUAUGCGAUCCUCGGCAGUGUUUCUGAGACUGUAUAGCCUCGCUUCCUACCUGUUUUAAUCUGGAAUGGAUUUUAUGUGUUUCUUUUUAAACGCGUAACUUUUUUGUUGUUGUUUAGCCUAAACUCCUAAGCGCGCGCGAACACACAGGAGUGCUUGUCAUUGCGAUUGUCAAAAUAUAGAGGCGACUUGCGCACGCGCGUGCAUGUCUCUGUGUGUGUGAAUUUCGGAGAAAUUACUAGAACAGCAAAGCGCGUGAGUGAGGGAGACCUAACUUCUGUAAGAUGACAGCUGAGAAAGACAAGAAAAGGAGCACUUCAGAGCGGCGGAAGGAGAAAUCCCGUGAUGCGGCUCGCUGCAGACGCAGUAAGGAGACGGAGGUAUUCUAUGAGCUGGCGCACCAGCUACCUCUGCCUCACAGCAUCAGCUCCCAUCUGGACAAGGCCUCCAUCAUGAGGCUCGCCAUCAGCUUCCUGCGCACAUGCAAGCUCUUCACAUCAGGCUACCAUACCAGUGAAACAGACAUAGACAGACAGAUGGACAGUCUUUAUUUGAAGUCACUAGAAGGCUUCAUCUCCGUGGUAACAUCGGACGGAGACAUGAUCUUCCUCUCAGAGAAUAUCAACAAAUUCAUGGGGCUGACACAGGUUGAACUGAUGGGCCACAGUAUCUUUGAUUUCACUCAUCCCUGUGACCAUGAUGAGAUACGUGAAAACCUGAGCCUCAAACCCGGUGUGGGGAAGAAAGGCAAAGAGUUAAACACAGAGAGAGACUUCUUCAUGAGAAUGAAAUGCACUGUGACAAGUCGAGGACGCACCGUCAACCUUAAAUCAGCCAGCUGGAAGGUUCUACACUGCACAGGACAUCUGAAGUUGUAUAACAGCUGUCCUACACGCACUCUAUGUGGAUAUAAAGAGUCACCUCUCACCUGUGUGGUCAUGCUGUGUGAACCGAUCCCUCACCCCUCCAACAUCGACACACCCUUUGACAGCAAGACCUUCCUCAGCCGACACAGCAUGGACAUGAAGUUCACCUACUGUGACGAGAGAGUAACUGAGUUAAUAGGCUACAGUCCUGAAGAUCUCCUGGGUCGCUCUGUGUACGAGUUCUACCAUGCCCUCGACUCUGAAAGUGUCACCAAAAGCCACCAGAACUUAUGUACAAAAGGCCAGACUGUGAGUGGACAUUACCGGAUGUUGGCCAAGCAUGGGGGCUUUGUGUGGGUGGAGACUCAGGGCACUGUCAUUUACAGUAGCCGCAACUCUCAGCCACAGUGCAUCGUGUGUGUCAACUAUAUCCUGAGUGAUAUUGAGGAGAAGUCCACAAUCUUCUCUAAAGACCAGACAGAGUCAUUGUUGAAGACACAUAUGAACAGUUUCUUCAGCCAGGCUGGAUCUACCGUGGCUUCUGAGAGUGGAACCCUCUUCACCAAGUUCAAAGAGGAACCUGAGGAUCUCACUCACUUGGCACCAACUCCUGGUGAAGAUAUCAUCCCCCUGAACUUUGGUCGUCCAUCAUUUGAGGAAUACCCAGUGUGUGCUAAGGUUUCUCCUAUGCAUCCCCCUGCAACUCACUCAGUCACUGAGGGACAUAACAUGCCUAAACUUGGCAGCACUUUCUCUAUACCUCAGGCUCCACCAGCCAGCAGUGCUACACCCAGCAUAAGCAGCUGCUCUACGCCCAGCAGCCCAGACGAUUACAAAACCCCAGUGGAUGACCUGAAGAUGGAGAUCACAGAGAAACUGUUUGCUAUGGACACCCAGGGCAAAAACUCCUACAGCCAAGAGACUGACCUGAGUGAUCUGGACCUGGAGACACUGGCCCCUUACAUUCCAAUGGAUGGUGAAGACUUCCAGCUUAAUCCCAUCUGUCAGGAUGAGCCUCUGCCUGAGGCUGUUGCUCCAGGCAUUACUCAGUAUAACUUCAGCAACAUUGCCAACUUCUUCCAGCCACUUACCCCACCUCCAGGGACCCACUUCCAGCCUAACCCACACUCUGCUAGUGAGAAGCAGACACCCAGUGCUAACACAAUGGAGCCGUGGCCCCCCAUAUUUUACCCUAACCACAUGCCUCUGGCACACCACACCAAUUCAGCCAACACACCACUAGCCGCUAUGGGUGGGCAUCACAGUCUGCAAUGGCCUCCUGACCCGCCGAUAAAUUACCCCAAUAGCAAAGGUGGUGUGAUAGACCCGUUGGUGGAAAAGCACUCAUGCCAAGCUCUGCAAACAAAUUGCAUGUCCCUCCACUGUCAAAGGUCCAUGGAGAAAUACAGACCUUGUAAAGCCUACAGAGACAUAAGCCCAGUCCAGGGCACGAUACCAAACACUAUGAAGCGCUCAUUUUCGCAGAUGAGCACAGGGGUAUCAUCUGCUACCAAGCCACCAGAUAUGUGGAAAAGGAUGAAGAAUGAAAGCUGUGCCAUUUUUAACAGGAUGUCUCAAAGCAGCAGUGCCUUAACAGAUGAGCACAAAGGCCACCAACAGAGAAAAUCUCAGUAUCAAGGUAAUCAGACAGCUCUGGGGAAAAAAGACUACCCAGAACAGUGCUGUAACUACACAGACUACAACAUGCUCCCCAACACAAAAAUGGAAGGUGUGGCGAGUCGUCUGCUUGGGCCCUCGUUUGAGUACUAUCUGCCUGAGCUGACACGUUAUGACUGUGAAGUGAACGUCCCCCUGCAAGGCAACCUGCACCUGCUGCAGGGCAGUGAUCUACUGUGUGCUUUAGACCAGGCCACCUAAAGCAACCUUUUCUUAGUCAGUUAACCUAGCUGUAUCACCCACAAUACCUGGAGUAUCAACCACAGUCCUAAUCAUAUUAAUGCAGUGUUUUCAACCUUUCCACUGCACAUUGUAGUAUUGUCCUCUCAACAUACCCCACUUGGUUCAUCAGCCAAUCAAUUCAUGAGCACAAAAUGUGCACAAUAGCGGGACUUAAAUGCACACACCUCUACCCUACCCUACCAUAUAUAAUGAGAAUGUAGCUUUCUGUUUUUAUUGUCUACAUCUUUAUAAAUUAUAUGCAUAGUAUAAUACAGUAUACACACAUUAAACAGUAUAAUAUUUUAAGUUACAAAAGCUAUUUCUUAAAGGUGCAAUAGUCAUUUUUUUAUUUCUUACUUGUACAAAUAACAUUGGAAAUUGUAAAAUGUAAAAACAUGAUAAAAUAUAAAGUUAUAAGUCGUGGUCAUGGCACACGUGUAUGCCAAGUGGCUGAGAAAACCCAUUUGAAAAACUGACCUCUGGAUCUGGAAUGCUUGAUUGUUUGAAUUGAAUGUGCCCCCCGUCAGUCAUGUUAGAGACACUCUACAGGCCAACGUAGAUCCUGAGGGUGGAGCUUCAUGAACACGGGUGCGAAUGAGGGGUUGGCUUGAAGAGUAAAAAAAAAAAACAUAAUUUAAAAGUCAAAUCCACCUACUUAUCUGAUAGAGACAUAAUGCACCUUUAAUGUGCUGAUUUAUUCUGCAUGUUAUGUUCAUUUUCCUGUUCCUGUUCCUUUAGCUACAUAUUUAGUGCACUUCUCUCUCAGUUUCCCUGUCCUUCUCUUUUGAAGAACGAUGAUCUACUGUAAGAAUGUUAUUUCUCCUCCAACUCUCUCUCUAAAUUUCCUACCUCUGACACCUUAAGCCUAUACCUGUAAUAUUUAUGCAUGCUUUAGUGCCUUCUCUGUUCAGUUCCUCAAGUGUCACAGCACUACUUUUCUUUCUGUCGCUGUCAAUCUCCCUCUGUUUCUCUGUCCAUUGCCUUUUAUGUGGUGACCACUCUAUAUAGUUUUUAUUUUUGUCAUUUUAGCUGUAUACAUGAUAUUUAAAGGAGGAUUCUAUAAAGUUUUUAUGAUAAAGUUCUCUAUAAUGUAAAAGUUGUAGCACUCAAAUACCUGGGUACUUUGUCUUGUCUACUCAGUAGAUGUGGAUCGGAGUGCUGAUUUUAAGCGGUCUAUAGUGCUGGUAUCUGUUCCUUUCUAGUGGCAUUUUUUUUCCCUUUGUGAUACAUAAAAGCAUAUUAUAUUUGUUGGCAGGCCAGUGCAGAUUUCUUUUUACUCUAAUAAGAAAUAAGAAAAAAAAAGAGAAAAAUUAUUAAAAUGAAAAAGUCUGUUUUUGAGAUGUAGCAAAUUUAGCAAAACAUUUUCACUUUUAUCAUUUCUUAAUGAUAUGCGUGACAUUUGUGUUAAGAAAUUGUCUUUAAUACUUCUAACAGUGUUUCUGUCACACUAGCUGAGGUUGUCUUUAAAGUCGAAUGAACUAGUAUAAUAAUGGAUUAAUAAAUUCUGACUUAAUUACUAAAGCUUUCGCUAAAGGCGUACUUUUCCUACUGUUUUUAUUCAAAUAGUUGUAUUUGUUGAUCUGAUCAACUAUUCUUCCACCCACACACAUCACAUAUCUGCAUUUGCUCAUGAUCAUCCUCAGUUGUCAGUUUUAGUUGAUAGUUCAAAAGGUUUGAAACUAUACAAGUCAAAUCCAAAGUUCUGUUUAUGAGUUUAAUGCAAGAUGAAAAUUCUCCCCUUAAAACAAUGCCCAGAUUAUAUACAGCCAGAAUGAGAUUCUAUGCUGGAUGCCGUAUUUUUUAAAUUAUGCAGAUUUGAGGGUUAAGCAGCUCAGUAGAUGCUGAUUAGCAGUGAAGGAUUGAUUCUGCAUAAGUAGAAAUUAACCACAAACCUAAGGUUCCUAUGUACAGGACUGUAAAAAAAAUGUCCUCGAUGAACUUUCAAUGUAUUUAAAAAAAAAAAAAGAUUCCUCCAUCCUAUCUGAUACAAUGCUAGGACAUUAUGCACAAUAGACACAAUAUCAGGCCAAUGGAAGAUAAAUGGAGAGAGAUAGCAGCGUUCACUGUAGUAAGAUACAGAGAUACAGCCUGCUCAGUCUACCCACUGAUGUACAUCUCUCCAGUCUGAACAUCAUCUCUGUCCAUCUGUUUUCCUCUGUCUAGAAAUUACACAUUACUGUAUUUAUAAAAUUCUAAGCUGAGAUUACAGGGGACACUCUCUGAACUUCCUGAUCCAAGUAAGUGUUACUUAGGACAUAGAUAUAUAUACGCACACAUAAACACUAUAUAAAUCUAUAUAUAUACUAGAUAACACUAAUAUAAUUACAUGCACUUAAUUUUUUUCUUUCUAGAGAAACAAAAUAUAAAGCAUAGUCAGAGAUACACUGAUGAUUACUGAAACUCCAGCCUCAGGGCCAGACGUAUGUGACUCGAUGUGGCAGCAAAACGCAUCUGACAUUAGUUCAAUUUACUUGAAAUGCAAGUAAUGAAGAGAUAAUAAUAAUAAAGAUAAUAAUACAGACCCUUGUGUCAGUACAAGAAAACGGUGUCGAGGGCAUUAAUAAGGCUCAUGUGCCAUUAAAGUCUCAAUCAGCUUAACCCUAAUAAAAAAAAUGCAUAUAUAAUUGUGUUAAAAUAGUAUUAAACUGUUCCUUUCCUUAGCACUGGGGUGGAACCCGCGAGGGUAAAUCAUUUGUAUUUUUAAUAUCUUAUAAUACGAUAUCUUUAAUAUGUAUCUUUCACCUAUGUAGCGGACCUAAAAUGAUUAUGUAAAUGGACCAUAAUUAGUUUUUGGAGUAAAGCUAAUAGUAGACCUUUUUAGGUAAAUUAUGCAUAUUAAAGGUGUAAAACUCUUAAGUGUACCAGCUCAGCAACAAGGAAAGUUACAGUUAAGUUCCCUAUUUUUCCUCAGAGUGUAGGUCACUGGGGCUUCAUCCUGAUGGAUGUAAACAGUAUUAAAGCUGCCUAAAUUGUGCAAAUGGUGUUGCAUUAUUAAAUAUUCUUCAUAAAAGAAUAUCUCUAACAAGUAAUAAAAGGGAAAAAGCACCUGACAACAUUGGUUCAACAGCAUGAUGCUCAUUUAUACCUAAGGUGGACAAAUCACACACAAAACUGAUUAUCACUAAAUGACAUGCAGUCAUCUCCUUUUUCCACUUUUUGAUCUUUUUGCACAUUUCAUACAUAACAUCCAAAGUUUAUGGCUGAACUGAGCACAAAAGUGUGUGUAAAACAACAUACAUCUGGCCACCAGUGUUUUAAAAGGUUUUCUUAAAUUUUUCAUUAACAGAAAAUGAGCAGGAAUGUUUUUUUUGCUAAAAUGUUCCCUUCCCAGGUUAAUGCCAAGGUAAAACGCAGUAAACAGAAUUAAACUUUAUUAUAUUGUGAUGCUGUUUUAGAUGUCUGUUUUUUAAAACAGUGUCCCAGUGUCUCCUUAAAUGUUUGGGCUUGUUAGUCACACAGCAAUUCUGUAUUUUUUAUUUGCCAAAAUAUCA